UUAGCAUCCACAGUGCAACGCACGCGCACCUAACUAACGCUCUCUAGCAGAGGCACAAGUCAAUUUGAUACUUGUAGCAAACAGGUUGUGAACGUAACUUACAGGUAGUGGGAAAUGGAAGGCAAACUUGUGAAGAACUCUAGAUUCAAGAGUGUGUGUGUUUUCUGUGGUAGCAGUACUGGGAACAGGGACUGCUACAGAGAUGCUGCCAUUGAUUUAGCUAAAGAGCUGGUGUCUCGGAGGCUUGAUCUUGUGUAUGGUGGAGGGAGCAUUGGAUUGAUGGGGUUGGUUUCUCAAGCUGUUCACAGAGCUGGUGGACGCGUUCUUGGGAUCAUACCCAGAUCUUUGAUGUCUAAGGAGAUAACUGGUGAAACCGUUGGAGAGGUAAGGCCAGUGGCAGACAUGCAUCAAAGGAAAGCUGAGAUGGCCCGCCACUCUGAUUGCUUCAUUGCCCUACCAGGUGGGUAUGGAACUUUGGAGGAGCUAUUGGAAGUGAUCACUUGGGCUCAACUGGGUAUCCAUGAUAAGCCUGUGGGUUUGCUUAAUGUUGAUGGUUACUACAACUAUCUCCUCACUUUCAUUGACAAAGCUGUGGAUGAUGGCUUCAUCAAGCCUUCCCAGCGUAACAUCUUUGUCUCAGCAACAAACGCCAAAGAACUUGUUCAGAAACUAGAGGAGUAUGUUCCUGUACAUGAUGGAGCCAUAGCAAAGGCUAUGUGGGAAGUUGAGCAGCAGCAACCACCAACACCACCAUUGCAACAGGUGGGGUUCAAUGCUACCACUUUACAGACUAAAAUAGCUCUAUAAAGGCCAGUCCUAACAAAGGUAGAACAUAAAGGAGAUGAAAAGAAAGUUGUUUCCAGGCAUUAUUGCUUUUGGGUAGUCUGAUUUUGAGUCAUGCACCAACCAUUUCAUAAUGGUUUGUGUGGGGUGUAAGUGACUUAUUAGUGAUUAAAGCAUGAACCUUGACAUCCUUUUUUGUUGUGCAUUGUCAAUGAUGAAAGAAGAAAAGUUAGGUUAUGGACUUGGGCAGUUGGGAUUAUCUAUUAACUAUUAAGCUUGUAUUUAGAGCCUUGAAUUAUAUAUAUGUACAAGAAGAAUGGCAUAUAAGGAACAAGAAGAAAAAUCCAAAAUGCGCCAGCUUUAUUCUCAAUGCGACAGUUUUCUUGCUCCGGCAUGCCCCUUCUGUGGCAACCAUUGAAUCUCCCUUCUUUUUCCUAGGUCAUCUGCAAAUUUUACGAAAGUGUUCUGUAAUGAGUUAUGACAUGCAAGUUGCAUCAUUUGGUGUCCUUGAAUUGCUGCUGAUGAAUAUAGGGGACAAGUUGGACUCCUU